CGACGAAGCCUCGGUCCAGCGUUGCCAUGUGUCAGCCCUAUUCGUGUCAGAUGCGGAGUCCCCGCAACUUUAGCUGUCAACACCAUCCAUGCUAUCUCCAUCAUGCCUCUCUCCACCGAGUCCGUCUCGCCCAAAGCCGCCUCACUGCCCCCACUCCCCGUCGAGGACCCACUCACCUCUUCCCAGUGGGAUAUUCUCCUUGCCAUUGCCGGCACCGUUAUCCCAGCAAUUGAGCCUUUCGCUACUGCAAAUCCAACCACUCAUCUGCCCGUCAAGGACAACGACUACUCGACGGCACUCAGUACCAUCGCACGUCUCACUCCUGCUCAGAAUGCUGAAUCCGUCGCAAAGGCCUAUCUUUCUGAUAGCGCUGUCGCCAACCCGUUGUUCAAGGAAGAAUUGCAGAGAAUCGUCUCCUACUACCUUCCUCAUGCCCCCAAGAAACAAUUGUUGAUGGUCUUGACCAUCUUGAACACUCGCCCCGGCAGUCUGCUCCUCACUGGAUAUGCAACCCCCAUCAGCCACCAGCCGCUCCCCGUUCGCCAGUCUAUCCUGCGAGGCUGGGCAACCGCCAGGCUGCCCAUGCUACGUCAACUCUUCACCUCGUUGACUAUGCUCUCCAAGCAGACCUGGAUCAAAACCACUUCUACCCUUAACCCUGUCCUGGGUGUCCCGCGGGUUCCUGUUGGUAUGGUUCCCGGUAAAGGCUUUGACUACGAAUUCAUUCAAUUCCCUCCUGGUGACAAGCCAGAAGUCAUCGAGACAGAUGUGAUUGUGGUCGGAAGUGGAUGUGGAGGCGGAGUGUCAGCGAAAAACCUUGCUGAAGCCGGCCACCGCGUCAUAGUAACGGAAAAGGCCUAUCAUUGGACUCCUGACCACUACCCCAUGACGGAGCGAACCGGAUGGCAUAACCUCUUCAUGGAGGGCGCCUUCAUCCAAUCCGACGACAGUUCUUCUACCAUCAUAGCAGGUCAGGCGUGGGGAGGUGGUGGCACCGUCAACUGGUCGGCAUCCCUCCAGACCCAGGCCUUUGUGCGUCGGGAGUGGGCAGCGCGUGGACUACCAUUCUUCACCUCUGCCGAGUUUCAAGAUUCCCUUGAUCGCAUCUGCACUCGCAUGGGAGUUUCGACCGAUCACAUCCAGCAGAAUGUCCCCAACCAAAUGCUUCUUGAAGGUGCCAGAAAGCUAGGCUACACCCACAAGGUCGUACCCCAAAACACUGGCGGGAACCGUCACCACUGCGGGCAUUGUACAUUCGGAUGUGGAUCCUGUGAGAAGCAGGGUCCCGUUGUGUCCUUCCUACCCGAUGCCGCCCGCGCAGGCGCCCAAUUCAUCGAAGGCUUCCACGCCGAAAAGAUUCUCUUCAAACCCAACAAAAAGGGCGAAAAGGUAGCUGUCGGCGUCCAAGGAACCUGGACAUCUCGCGACGAGCACGGCGGGGUCGUGGGCCCACAACGCACCCGCAAAGUCCUCAUCAAAGCCAAACGCGUCGUCGUCUCCGCAGGCACCAUGCAAUCCCCUCUUCUCCUUCUCCGCUCCGGGCUCAACAACUACCAGAUAGGCCGCAACCUGCACAUCCACCCAGUGUCAGUCCUCGGCGCCGUCCAUCCGGAACCCACUAACCCCUGGGAAGGCGCCAUCCUCACCGCCGUAGUCAGCGAGUUCGAGAACCUAGACAACGCCGGCCACGGCGUCAAGCUCGAAGCCACAAACAUGAUUCCCUCCUCAUGGCUCAUCUGGCUCGAUUGGCUCAACGGCCUCGACUACAAGCUCAACGCAGCCCGCAUGAAGCACAUGGGAGGCUACAUCUCGCUCGCCCGCGAUCGCGACUCAGGACGCGUGUAUCCAGACCCACAUGACGGCCGAGUGCGCUUCGCAUACACCCCCUCCGCUUUCGACAAGCGCCACAUCCUCGAAGGGCUCGUGGCUCUUGCAAAGAUCCAGUACGUGCAGGGCGCUGCCGAGAUCUUCACCAUUGUCCCCGGCGUACCAACAUUUGUCCGCGACAGCAACGCAGAUGCGGCGGAUGGUAUCAACGAUGUGAUGUUCAACGCCUGGCUUGAUGAAUUGCGGAAGAAGGCCUUCCCGUCGACCGGGAACGUAUUUGUGUCUGCGCAUCAGAUGGGCUCGAAUCGCAUGAGUGCGCGUCCCGCCGAUGGCGUUGUCGAUCCAAAGGGUGCUGUGUGGGGUACUCGCGGUCUGUAUAUCGCGGAUGCGAGUGUGUUCCCCUCUGCCAGCGGGGUCAAUCCCAUGGUGACGAAUAUGGCUAUUUCGGACUAUAUUUCUAGAGGAGUUGCGGAGGGGUUGAAAGACGUGGCCAAGUUGUAGAUGGCCUUUUUGUCCUGUAAUUCUCUUCUUGUGCCUCAUUUUUGUCUCCGUGAUGUUUAACUU